CACGUCUCUUUUAAGAUGGCCACGGCAGGAGACACUGAAACUGCAUCUUGGAGAAGUGAUCUCUCAAAGGUUGACGUUUGGUAUGCAUUUGGAUCCAACAUGUGGAAACCGAGUUUCCUUUUCUAUAUUCAAGGGGGACAAGCGGCUGGAAUGAAGAAGGCAUGUGUUGGUGCAAUGGAUAAAACUCCACCAAAGGAAACAACGUGGGGAACGUUUCCAAACAGGCUAUUCUUUGGCCGUGAAUCUACAGUUACUUGGGGGGUGGGAGGAUUUGCUUUCCUCAACCCUCUCACUAAUCUCAGUGAUCAAACUCACAUGUGUUUCUACAGAAUCACUCUUGAGCAGUUCAACGAUGUACUGUUUCAGGAAAAUGGCAUGAAAGUAGAUUCUGAUUCUCCGCUCUUUGAUCUAUCUGCUCUGCAGUUAGUACAGAACAAUGGAUCCAUUCCACUUGCUAAAGCUGGUUGGUAUGGUAACGUUGUCUGCGCUGGAAAAGAAUCCGACAUACCUAUACUUACAAUGACUUGCACACUUUCUGUUCUUGAGAAGUUCACAUCCGGUGAGGUCCCAUUAAGACCUCCUGCAAAAGCCUAUGCCAACACUUUGGUAAUGGGACUUGUAGAAGGAGGAAGACUCUCUGAAGAAGAAGCUUGGGCUUACAUAGACAAUGCUGCUUCUAAACCUCUCUAAGAUUAUUUGAAGCUUCAGGUUCCUGAGUUAUUUGUGUCUUCUCUUUAUUGUGGUGUUAUAUACAAACUCUGUAUGUAUAUUGGUUGUGUUUAAUUUUUUUCCAGUUUUUUUUUCCUUUAAAAGAUGGAAUAGUCAUAUCACACUUUCUA